AUGGCUGGUGGCACUGACAGAGCUGUCCUGUGUCCCUCCAGCACGGGGAGCAGUGACCCAUACUGCAUCGUGAAGAUUGACGAUGAGGCCAUCAUCAGGACUGCCACGGUGUGGAAGACGCUGUCCCCGUUCUGGGGGGAAGAAUAUGAGGUGCAGCUCCAGCCCAGCUUCCACAGCAUCUCCAUCUAUGUCAUGGAUGAGGAUGCGCUCAGCCGCGACGACGUGAUCGGGAAGGUCUGCAUCACCCGGGACAUGCUGGUGGAGCACCCCAAGGGAUACAGUGGCUGGAUGAGCCUCAGUGAGGUGGAUCCCGACGAGGAGGUGCAGGGGGAGAUCCACCUGCGGGUGGAGGUCCUGGGCAGCCAGGGCAGCCGGCGGCUGCGCUGCUCCGUGCUGGAGGCCAGGGAUUUGGCCAGGAAGGACCGGAAUGGGGCCUCUGACCCCUUUGUCCGCCUGCGCUACAACGGGAAGACACAGGAGAGCACUGUGGUCAAGAAAUCGUGUUACCCCCGCUGGAACGAGACCUUCGAGUUCGAGCUGGCCGAGCCCGCCGGGGAGAAGCUCUGUGUGGAGGUGUGGGACUGGGACCUCGUUGGCAGGAACGACUUCCUGGGCAAGGUGGUGUUCAGUGUCCAGGGGCUGGAGGCGGCUGGGCAGGAGGAGGGG